CCCACGAGGCAUUCAAGACGCCCCAGGGAGGCUUCCGUAGUCGGUUUGGCUUAGGAGCCGUUUCGGCUGGCGAUCUGCCUGCAAGCCUCCAGCUGCGAUUCUCCCGCGCUGACGUGUCAGCACCCGCACUCCCCCCAGCCAUGCAGAGCACAACCGCCUGCACCAGCGGCGGCUCCAUCAAGAGUGAUGCGUCGACAAGCCUCGAGCUGCAGACGCUGUCGGUGAGCUCCCUGCCCACCAUGCACGACGCGCCGGACGACCUGUACGGGCCUCUCCUGCGCGGGUCGGGGUCGGCCGUCCUCUUCGGGUGGUGGCCCCGCUCCCGCUCCUGGGCCCGGGCGGAGCUCGUCGAGCGGACGACGCGAUGCCUCCCCGCGGUGCGGCCGAGGGUGGACUUCGUCGCGCUCCCGCGGCUGCCCGAGGUCGAGGCGCUCUGGGGCUGCUGGAGCGAGGCGCACGGGCUGGUCUCCGAGCAGGCCAUCUGGUUCCACCCGAGGCUCGAAGGGCCCAGCGCCUCCGCCGAUCCUGCCCUGGAAGUCUGCAGGGAGGUCUUGGCGCAGAUGGCCGGCUCCUUCAAUGUGGUGUUCUACCCGAUGUACUGGUUGUCUGCGAUCGCGCAGGAAGCCACGAACUUUAACAUGCCGAUCGUUGGGGACCCCGAGGACCACAGGCUCAUGCCCCUGAACGCGGCCAAGGCUUGGCUCCACCCGCACAUCGGUGCACGUGACAGCCCUUGCUUGCGCACUGUCCUCUCGGCCCUUGGAGGCCGAAUCCGGGGGCCAAGGGGAUUUGUGGCCUUCAACGUCGAUGAGUUGCGCGAGGCUUUGGCGCAGCUUCGUCGGGAGUGCCCAGCUGGGACGAAAUUCGUGCUGAAGCCAGCUGCGGGCUCAGGGGGCUGCGGCGUCGUGCUCGAUGCAACGGAGGCCCACGUGGAUGCCUUCGUGUUCGGCUCGUCCGGGGGUUCGGCGAUCCUUGAGGAGAUGGUUAUCGGAUUGGACACCCCGCAGUCCCCAACACUCUACAUGAUCGGGGACACGCCUUGCGGGCCCCUCGCCGAUCAAGUGCUCGCGGACGACUGCUCCACCAAUCUGGGGAACCGGUUCCCAUCCAUGCUGCAGGAUGAGGACCUCUUCAGCGCUUGCGUGAAAGCCUCCCAGGAGAUCAACAAGACUUGGGGGAUGACAAGCAAUUGGGGCCUCGACUUCGUCCUCGACAAGGGCGGAGACGCAGUCAUCGUGGACAUCAACAUGGGACGCCCGAAUGGGAACUUCGCCGUCCGGCUGUGGGCCAGCCUUUCCGAGAAACCGCUGACCGUGUUCACAGGAUCGUGGACGGUUCCUGUUCACGGACCUUCCAUCGAGAGUAUCUUCGAGUCUUUGCGUGCGGCGAACAUCCUUUGGAAUGGCGAUGAGGGGGUCAUUGUGUACCAACAUGUGCCCGGCUGUCCUUCCAGCUACGCCAUUGCGAGUGCACGUGGUGCCGAUGGUGUUUCUCAGCUUCAAGCGCGUCUUUCCAAGACAAUGCUUGAUGUGAAUGGCGUUGUGUUGCCGUAGAGAUCCAGUCAGCACAUAAGGCCUACGGGCCUUGCAUGUGCACAUGGUGCCAUAGUGGGAUAUUGAUGUGCAUGUAAAGAUCGUAGUGCGCGUCAAGCGCACAUGAUGGAAAACGUGUUUGUGCACGCCCAUGAUUGUACAGUUAAGCAGUCCCUGGAGGCAGUGUGAAGCAAACCAUGCGUUCAUAAUAUCCAGUCGCCUCUGCCAGCGUUUUGUGUGUGAGUCCGCUCAAGAGCGCGGUUGUGACUUCCAUGCUGGUUGAAGUCUGUUCCGGAUUAGAAUGCACGUCGCAGCAUGUGCGAGGUCAUUUCAUGUGGCAGUCGGUGCCAAAGCACGUUGCCAUCAAUACACCUUGGCGCGUUAUCAGUUGCGCCCUGAAGCCGGAGUCGAUCGAGUCGACUCCCCAGCACAAAUGCUGUUCAGCUUCUGGCGCCUGUCAAUUGAUCCGUACCUCCUCCUCGUCUUUGUCUUCCUUUCUUCGCGUCCUUCCCAGGCCUUCUGUUCCUUGUGCUUCCCUGCUCUUUCCCUUUUUCUCCUUCUCAACGUAAGGCUCACAAGUCAACUGUUUGAAAGGAUCGUGUUACUUAUUCAUAGGCGUCGUGCAGCGUGUCAAUUCACAUUGUCACGCAUACCACGAUGCCAUUUAACGAAUUGUUCUCCUCUAGAAGGAUGCUCGCGACAACGGCGACGUCGUCUCACGUGACUGAUCGUGCCGAAGCAUGUUGCCAGCCACACAGGCGUGUUCUUUUGCAGUUUUGGAUGGAUCGUGUACUUCCUGCCCGCUGUGCUCAAAAAAAAACGCCCGAGGGAGGCUCCAAAGUGCCCUC